UACCUUUCAAUACGUUUUAAGUGAGAUAUAAUUAAUUUUACUAUUUUUUCUACAAAAAGGAUUAAAUCAAGUUCUCUCAGAUUACGGGCUAAAUCCGGCAGUAGAUGCUGUUCUACCUUUGACCACGAGAUGGCAGCAGAUAUCCGCUGCAUAAACAUCGACAGAAGAAGAAGAACUUCCGGUCUCACUAUUGAAUUAACAUGGCUGCCUCCGUGAGAACAUUCGUCCGCAGUUUGUCCCGCAAAAAUGCCGGGUUCUCCGCAGUUCUACGGCUGUCAGACUGUCGGUGGUUCAGCGGUAAAGCCGAGGAAAGGAGCACUCACUUCGGCUUCGAGACCGUAUCCGAGACGGAGAAAGCAAGCAAAGUCUAUAAGGUCUUUGAAAAUGUGGCUCAGAAGUAUGACGUCAUGAACGACGCCAUGAGUCUGGGGAUCCACCGCCUGUGGAAGGACGCGCUGCUGCACGUCAUGCACCCGCAGCCCGGCGCUCGCCUGCUGGACGUGGCAGGGGGGACGGGUGACAUCGCUUUCCGGUUCCUGGAGUACGUUCGUUCUCAGCAGGAGAGGCAGCAGAGGCGGGCGGUGUUGUUGGGACAGACGCCGUCGUGGCAGGACGUUUCUGACAGAUAUCCGGAUGGGGGCGGAGCUCCAGAGUCUGCGGUUGUGGUCUGUGACAUCAACAAGGAGAUGCUGAAAGUGGGCAGACAGCGGGCCGACAGCAGAGGGGUCACGACGGGUCUGUCCUGGGUGGUUGGAGAUGCAGAGGAACUGCCCUUCAACGAUGACCAGUUUGAUCUUUACACCAUCGCAUUCGGCAUUCGGAACGUCACUCACAUAGAUCAGGCGCUCAAAGAGGCUCUUCGGGUCCUGAAACCUGGCGGCAGGUUCCUGUGUUUGGAGUUCAGCAAAGUGACCAAUCCUGUGCUGGAACGGCUCUACGAUGUCUACAGCUUCCAGGUGAUCCCAGUUCUGGGAGAAGUGAUCGCUGGAGACUGGAAGUCUUACCAGUAUUUGGUGGAGAGCAUCCGCAAGUUUCCUGACCAGGAGGAGUUCAAAGGCCUGAUGGAAGACUCCGGGUUUUUCUGUGUGCAGUACUUCAACCUGACAGGGGGGGUGGUGGCUCUGCACUCUGGCUUCAAGCUGUGAGGAAGAGCGGCUCUUCGUCUGUGUGGCUGAUUUCUGACAUGUUUUUGGAGAAACUCGGUUAAAGUCAGAGUGAAACUGUUGUGUUGCUGCUCUAUAGAAACAGUUUGUUUCCUCGCAUCUGUAAAAAUAUAAGUUCAAUCUUGUGUCACAAAGAUUGUUGUCCUGAACCCAAAAGAAAGAGUAUAUUUAACAAAAUGCUUUAAAUUAAAGCAAAUCUCUGUUUGAUGUCGUGAGUUAAAUAAAGUUUAUUUGUUAUCAAAUUAAAAGGGUUGUGAUGUCAUACUUUAAUGACAAAAAAUAAUCUUAAGAAAAGCUGGACUAUAAGGUUUAAGGAAGAGCUCGUCUUCUGUUUUAAAAUGUGAGCUGGACUGGAACUCACUAAAGGAAGUCUUAUCAAAUUAGGACAUUUUAAAGAAAUUGAUUAACCAAAUUAACUUAAAAUGGGCAAUAAAUACAUCGUAUUAGACGACCUGCUCUUGUCUCAAGAUGGAAACCCUUUGGGGUUGCUGGGGCCUAUCCCAGCUUCUGUUGGGGGAAGCUAGAAAAAACCAAAGCAAAACAUGAUUUGAGUAAAGAAAUCCUCAGACUUGCAGUUUGAGCUUAAUUGUCUUAAUAUAUGUCUUUCAGUGUAAAAAAAAAAAAAAAAAA